AGUUACACAGUUCAAGUUCAUCCAGUCAUUCUUUGGUCCUAUUUUGGUGUGUCUGUUUAGUGUCAGGUGUCCUGUGAUACGACAGAGAAGGAUCAUGGCGUACGGGGAUGACUCUGAUUUCGGUUGGGGGAACUUAUUCAUAAAGUUCUUUCUCUUUAUAAUGAACUUCUUGGUCUGGCUGCUUGGUUGUGCCCUGCUUGCUGCCGGUAUAUUUGCUCAGGUAGAGAUUGGUACUCUCAAUGAGAUUGGUGUCGGUAGCCUUCUCUCCAGUCCAAGUAUUAUCCUUAUUUGUUUGGGUGGGAUCAUGUUCAUUCUUGGAUUCUGCGGCUGUCUGGGUGCCUUGAGAGAAAUAUUCCUUCUACUUGUUAUAUAUGCCAUUGUUCUAACUGUCAUUGUUAUCAUUGAGAUUGGUAUUGCAGUCUACAUUUACUUCCAAUACGACAAUGCUAAGAAUCAAUUUGCUGAGCAACUAGAGCAACCAAUCGUUCGUUACUAUGAUGACGCCGACCUCCAGAGUCUAAUUGACCUUGUACAGACUUCCUUGCAGUGCUGUGGUAUCAAUGGGCCUAACGACUGGCAGAGAAAUGCCUACUUUAAUUGCAGUAGUAUUGCAUAUCAGCGGUGUAGUGUCCCGUUUUCCUGUUGCAUUAUGAAUAACAAUGAUGAAGUUAUUAAUACUCAGUGUGGAUACAGACGUCUUCAAAAUGACAGUGACAGAUACCUUCAAGAGAUAUACACCGAGGGUUGCAUCGUUGGUCUUGAGAACUUCAUUCAGCGAUACCUCUACUACAUAGCUGGAGUGGGCAUAGGCCUCCUUGUGUUCCAACUCAUCAACAUUAUGCUUACUGCUGGACUCGCUAUUGAUGUACGCAAGGAGCAAAAGGCGCUAAAACUCCUCAAAGAGAGAGAGAACCGAAACAAACGGUUCUCAAAGGAUGUGGCGAAACUUUGAUUGGGAGAGGACGUGUGGGGCAGUGCAUGGGGUUACAGUAAUGUUCUGUUUUUAGUUACUUUUGACAUAAAAUAAGUAUUAUUAUACAUGA